AUGUUCUCCCGAAUCCGCAUCCGCGUAUGGGCCCACCAGUUACCAUACAUCUACCCAACCACUCACUGGCGAUUGCGAUCUGUCCCUCUGCGAAGAGGAUUAGCGUCUACUCCCCGCUUCUUUGAGCAAGAUGUUUCCUCUGAUACUGCAACACCGCCGUUAAAAUCUCCGGGAGCAGUUAGGGAGGAGGAAGACUUGAGCUGGGUACCGGGCUACUGCCCCGGCUGUGGUGCCCCGAGCCAGCGCCAGGAUCCAAAUUUACCGGGCCACUACUCGCGUUUGACCCGCCGCCAACGCUUCGGCGACCUGACCAUAAAAUCACAAAAGCAGCACAGUGAAGAAAAUAUCUUCCACGGCACCCUCGAGCGCCUACGGUCCCAAUCGGGCCCUGAAACCCAAUCCCCGGAAUUACGUGAGUUUCUUGCCGCCGCACCGGCCUCAUCACCUCCCCCCACUUCCGUGAAUGUCGCCCCCGCCGAAGCCGGCCUCAUUUGCGGCCGGUGUCGCGGCAUACGUUACCACCACCGUGGGAGCGAAUUGCCCGCAUACCCCACCCUUCGCACCCUGACCAACCUCAUACAGAACUCGCCGCACACAAGGAAUCACAUUUACCACCUCAUCGAUGCCGCUGACCUGCCCAUGUCGUUGCAGCCGGAACUGCGCGAGCACCUCUACAAGAACUUGCCCCUGCCGCUCCGACGUGGUUUGACUAUCUCGUACGUCGUUACUAGGGCGGAUAUCCUCAUGGCUUCGUCACAGCAGGUCUGGAGCUUAACAACGUAUAUCAAGAAGAGGAUCAAGGAUGCCCUACCUGAGGAUGAGAAGAUUGAGGACGUGAUGAAUAGGACCCAUAUCAUUUCUACCAGGAAUGGCUGGGGAGUAGGUAGGGUUAAGGAUGAGAUUCGGAUUAGGACGGGCGGCGUGUGGAUUAUUGGGGGGGUGAAUGUCGGGAAGUCCAGGUUUGUGAUGGAGAUGUGGCCGGAGGGAGGGGAGAGCAGGCCAGUUACGAGGGAGGAAGCGGCGGAGUACGAGAUUUUGCCGGAGGAUGAUGGAGGUACUGAAGUGAAAGCGGGAGGGGAGGGAGUGGAAAGGGAGAAAGAAGAGGAGGCGUAUGAUCACCCCUUGUACCCGCAAUAUGUAGCGCCUACGGUGUCGGAUAUGCCGGGAACCACUGCGGCGCCGAUUAAGAUUGCAUAUCGGGUUUCUAGUCGCGGGGGAAGGAAAUGGGGGGAAAUGAUCGACUUGCCCGGAUUUGAGCGGUGGGUCAGCUAUAGCAAGAAUGGACUGCUGAAGUAUGUUCGUCCGGAAUUGCGGGCAGCCGUAGCCAUGAACAAACGGGUCAAGGGGCAGCAAUACACCAUCAAGGCGGGUAAGCAUCCCCCCCCUCUUUCACAUUUACAUCCAACGACUCAUAGGUGAAAACAAAACAAAAAACAGGCCAAAGCUUGAUCCUUGGCGGCCUAAUCCUCAUAACCCCCCGCAUAAGUGGCAGAGGUGGCCAAGUAGUCCUAGCAACCCCAUUCACCAACCUGCCGGCACAUAUCGCCUCGACCUACAAAUCCCUAAAAUGGCUCGAACAUCCAGAACCCGAGAGUGUGGAUCACCUCUACUACCCAGCACCAACCACCGUGCCCCUCCCGGAAUCGCUCAUCCCGCAAAAACCCCCCAAGCGAUCCGAACCAUCAACCGCAUCACCGCCACCAGCAGGGCUACCACUCCCACACCACCACAAAAUCACUUCCGCCGAGGAUUACAAAGGCACCCCACCAAGACCCCAAGAGCACCUCAUCCCCCCGCUCCUCCCGCCUCAUUUCGCCUCGGCAGGUGUUGUCGAGAUAACGGAGGACGUGACGUUACGGCGGAACCCUUUCCUCUCGAUGAGUGAGCUGGAAAGCCUGCCGUACAUCAUCCUUGGCCGAGACUUGCUGCUUGAGGGCAUCGGGUGGGUAGAAUUGAACGUUCAGAUGUCCAAGAAUCAGCACUUCCGCACAGAUGGCGUAGUGGAGGUGGAGGUGUUCACGCCGGAGGGCAGGGGGGCGGGGAGUAGAACCAGUAUGGGCGCCGCUAUGAUGAGGAAAGAAAUGGAGAAGGUUCAGGCUCGGAGUGGUGUGAGGCAGAGGAAGGCUAUGAAGGGGGAGAAGAAGAAGGCCAAAGUGGGGGCUAUGAAGGGGGAGAAGAAGGCCAAGAUGGGGGGCAGGGGGAGGUGA